AUGCCACCCAAAAACUACCGUCCGAAGAUCACCUUGCAGCCGUCUCCUAAUGAUAGCACUAAAGUCAUCUUUUGCCUCUCCAGCCCGGAGCAUGCGGAACAGGCCUUUUCUAACCUUGCUCGCUUUGGCCGAAUGGAAGAAAGGUUUGAGUCUGGCAUGUACUGGUUAUCCAAGCAGGAGAUGCCCUGGUUGCUGGUUAUCGACAAUGCAGAUGAUGCAGAAUUUGACUAUGCUAGGUACUUCCCUUCCGGCGGGAAAGGAAGUAUCCUGGUCACAAGCCGAAAUCCCGAGUGUAAAGUACAUGCGACGAUCGGGUUCGAGGAAUUCAAAAGCUUGGAAGAAGACGAUGCGAUCACCUUGCUUUUGAGGGCAGCGCUUGUCGAAAGCGUCCAGGAGAGGAAGACUAGGGAUACCGCCCGUCCUAUUGUCAAGACUCUUGGCUGCCUUCCCCUCGCUCUAAUACAAGCCGGUGCAUCGAUCCGCCAGAAUAUUUGUUCUUUAGAAGAUUACCUGGACGUCUUCAAGUCAUACAAGAAAAGAAUCUUCUCGAACAAGUUGCAUCAGGGCAGAGGGCCUUACGAGCAUACAGUCUUUACGACGUUCGAGGUAUCGUUUAAUAAGAUCAAGGGCCUGGAGACAGCCGAGUCUAUUGAUGCGAUUGAGAUUCUCCAUGUAAUGGCAUUUUUACAUUUUGAUCAUGUGCCUGAGUCGAUCUUUGAGAAGGCAUGGGAUAGUUUACAGCGCGAGGCGAAUACCAAAGGUGCCGGUUCCUUGGUUGACAAAAUUGUCCAGGUGCUUGGUGAAUUUGUGGCUAUUUCAAGCGGAUAUGAAGGGUGGUUCACUCCCCUAACAGAAGGAAGGCUUCCACGGAUCCUUAACCAAACGGGGAGGAAGUGGGAUAAACUCCGCUUCCGCAAUGCCAUUCUUAUACUGAGGUCGUAUUCUUUGGUCUUUGGCAACCUGACGGGUGACGGCUACUCGAUGCAUCCAAUGGUACAUUUUUGGGCUCGUGAGCGUCUGCAGCCGAGAGCACAGAAGUUGUGGGCUGGCAUUGCGUCUCGCAUUUUAGCAGCAUCCAUCACGUCCAGAAGCGAAGAAUCAGAGGUGGUUUAUCGAAGGUUACUGGUGCCACAUAUUGACUCUUGCUUGAAGAGUGAGCCUCGUGACUCCCGUCGAGGUCUUGAGUUUGAUCACGCCAGCCUGGGACAGUUUGCCAGGUUUGCUUCUGUGUACGCGGAGGCUGGUCGUUGGGUGGACGCUUCUGGUAUCCAGGAGCAGAUACUUCAAUAUCAAACCACAACCCUCGGCCAGAACAGCGUUGAGGCUCUCGAUGCUAUGGCGGAGCUAGCCCAAAGCUAUUGGAACUCGAGUCAAAUGGCUAGAGCCCUUGAGAUACAAACAAGUCUUCUAGACCUGGUGACCAAAAGGCUAGGGCCCUAUGACCCAAAGACUCUGUUAGCAAUGGACAAUCUAGGACGUACAUGUUGGCUAUGUGGUAUGACAUCUAAAGCCGACGAGAUGGGGAAACGAGCCCUGGAAGGCCUUGCCAAGAUUGUGGGACCAGAUCACCCUUACACGUUGAGUGCAAUGCACAAUUACGGUCGGGUUCGCAUGCACCUUGGUAACUUCAAGGAAGCACAGAUACUCCAGGUUCAGGCCUGGAAAGGGAGGAUGCGAUUGUUUAGUGACACAGACCUGGACACCUUGGAGACAAUGCAGGAUUUGGGGAUGAGCUGCCUCGCACUCGGAGAGAUUGAUGAGGCAGAAAGACUGGUUUCCCAUGUCCUAGAUGCCAGAAAGCGUAUUCUUGGCCAGGAACAUGCUCAUACCCUGUGGUCUAUAAACGAUCUUUCUAAAGUUUAUUGUGCUCAAGGUUAUUCAAAAGAUGCCGUUGCGCUCCUCGUUCCGACUCUAGAAGUGGCCAUUCGAACGUUGGGACAGUUUCAUAUUGGUACCUUCAUGACCAUCUUCAAUCUUGCGCACGCGCAUCGCCUGUCGGGGCAGGUCGAAGAGGCAGAAAGUUUCCUCACCGAAUUGAUAAGUGCAGAAACCAAAGCUUUAGGUCCGACGCACCCAGAUAUAUCCUCAGCGAAGUUGGAGCUUGCUCAGGUUUGGAGACAAAAAGGCGGUUGGUCUCAGGCUGAAAGGCUGUCGCACGAGGUGUUCGAGACGAGGAGCAAAAUGUUUGGUCAAAAUAACUUUCGAACCAUCCAAGCAAGGGAGCAACUAUAUGCCAUAUAUCAAGCGUCUGGCAGGCCGGAGGACGCAGCAUUACUUAGAAAAGCUCUCGUCGAGGAUACGCCCGAUAAUACACUCCAAGCCGACAAAGAGCAGAUUAAAAGGCAACCAAGUCGAUCCUCUACCAUGUAA